CCCAAACCCAUUGAAAUCAUGUAAACACCAGCAGCUGAGUGUGUUUGACUUUGUGUGCAAAGUCCACUGCCACAUUUGCUUUAUUUUAGAGAAGUGUUGUAAAAGAAUGUGAAUUAAGAUGUUACGAAAAUUUACCGUGCUUUUUACCAAGUAUCCUAUUUCGAGAGGCAUGGUUGUGUAUGCAAUUUUAUGGCCCAGUUCAGAUUUAUGUCGUCAACUGGCAACUAGUGGGAUUAAAAAGGAUAAAACGACUCCUGUUGAUUUACCGAGACUGGCCAGGUUCUCUUUAUUUGGAACUUUAUGGGUUGCUCCUACAGUGUUCACCUGGGUAAAGAUAUCAAGUAGGCUUAUUCCUGGAUCGAGCCUACGGGUAGCUGCAAUCAAAGCAAUAUUAGAACAAUUUACAUAUGGUCCUUUCAGCAUCAUUUCCUUUUACUUUGGAAUGAAUCUACUAGAGGGUAAGAGCAGCAAUGAAGCAUGGCACGAAGUUGAAAAUAAAUUCCUACAAACGUGGAAGACUGGAGUAAAAUUCUGGCCUGUGGUUCAGACUUUCAAUUUUGCACUGAUACCUGAAAGGAAUAGAGUAGUAUUUGUUGGUUUGGCAAGUUUCAUCUGGACUGCGUAUCUUUCAUUCAUGGAAGCUAGCUCAUCAUAGUACAAAAGGUCAAACCUUGUGCAUUUGUAAAAUCUUGCACAAUUCACACACACCAAGUGCAGCAAAGUCAAAUGUUUUUACAACGUCCGUAAACAAAUAUAUUAAGAAGCGCUAA